ACAAAGAAAAUUUGAGGAGAAAGUCACAUAUAGAGGAACUUAGAAGAUAGCGAAGAUGCAGCAAGAGAGAGAUCACAAAAGAGAUUGUUGCAAGCUCAUGCCUCAAACUGUCAAGGCUUUCUUCAAGUGUCUGAGAUUCAGACGUUCUUCUUCUUCUUCUUCAGACAUGGUGAAAGCUAGAGCAAGAAAUGAAGAGAAAGAAGAACCUUCAUCUAUCGAAACUUCAACUAGGAGUCUCAACGUAAUGAGGAAAGGGAUAAGGAAACAACCAGUUAGCUCGGGAAAACGAGGUGGAGUUAACGACUACGACAUGUAACUAGAAUCUUGAUGUAGAAUUGGAUAAUCUUGUUUGGUAGUUACUCUACAACAUACUUUCUUUGCAUCUCAUGAAUCAUCAUGAUAUAUUGAUAUUAAUA